AUGGCAGAGUGGAGAAGGCACGACAUCGGCUCUGACGAGGCGGUAGACGACUUCGAUGAUUUCGAUCCCACCCCCUAUGGCGGCGGCUACGAUCUUGUGCUCACCUUCGGCCGCCCGAUUCCUCCUUCCGACGAAACAUGCUAUCCUCCGAACGCUGCUAAUUCCUCCUCCGACACCGGCGUGGACUACGAGCGACCCAAUUACUCCGGAUCCGCCCGGCCCUCUGCCUACAGGUACGAGAGUCAGCCUGCCUCCGACGAGGGCUACGGGGGGUACGGCCGCCGGCCGCAGCAGGAGGAAGCCUAUGAGGAGCAGCGACCGUACAGUGUUGAGGGCGAUCCCCGGCCCCAAUAUGGUUAUGGUGGGCAGGGGCGUCCAUCUGAGUAUGAUUCUAGUUACGGUCGGAGGUCUGAAGAGCAGUCCCAUGGUUAUGGCGAUGAAGAGCGCUCCAGGCCGAAGCCUUACCGUCAAGAACAGAGCUACGACUAUGAGGGCGGAAACUAUGAGUCUGAAGGGAGGCAGGAGUACGGGCGAAGCGGCUCCGGCGAGUACGGGUACGGAGAAAGGCCCCGUUAUGGGCAGCGAGGAGACGAAGACUACGGCCGCAGAAACUCUGUAAGUUCAUUACCUUUGCAGUUGUUUUCUUCCCACAAAUCCAUCCUCCAUAAUUUGACACAAGUUCCCCCUAAAGACUCUCACACUUCUGCGGAUAGGUUCUGGACAGUGUUCACAGUAGGGUUCCCUUGUCCACAUUUGAUUCAUUCAUUCAUCUGCAAUCUUCUUUUCGCUUUAUGAUAAUCAAGUACUUCCAUAUUGACAGAAGUAUCGGCUUCUUACUGGAACAUGUUCCUGCUUCCUUAUAUCUUCCUCCUCUGUGGCUGAUUUGAGAUCCCGGUUCUCCCUCUUUCCUCGGUCUCAUUUCAAAGAUGUAUGCCGAAUACAGGGUUUUUUUUCCAGAACCGUGUGACAUGACUUUGAAUACUGCAUUAGCUUUGUGCAUAAGACAGCGUUGAUUUAUUUUUUUCCCCUCCCCUGAGUUAAAUAUUGAGGAAGAGGAGCUUCCUGCCCCUUUGAUGCACGAUAAAUUUAGUUAAAUGUGCUGUAAGUGGUCGUCGAAUAUAUGCGUUGAAAAUAAUGACUUGGCUUUCCCUUACUAUGAUAAUUCCUGAGGAGAAGAACUGUUGUCCUUUGUUCCAUAUGGCAUCCUAUCAUAUCUUUCGAUAAAAGAAAAUGGGGUUGUUCCCCUUAGAUACUAUGUAGAGGACAGGGGACUGAUGGUAGAGCAUACUGGUUCAUUUUCUUCCGUAAAAUAUCAGAUUCUACCAUCUGGUGGAAUGCGUUAGGACCAUUUACUUCCUCCUGAUUCUCUUUAGAUUGAUUCGACUCAAUGUGUUCACAAUUGAAUCAGCCGGCUGGAUCACACACGCUGCCAAUCCAGCUUGGUUCUAAUUGGAAUGUCCAGAUCAAAUAAUCCGUGCCUUUAGGUGCUGUCAGGAAGUGGGCCAAAUCAUCCAAGCACCUGUCCAUAUAAUCACAUCGGCCAAUCUUCACCCAGAUCAGAUCGACCAUAAGUCGACUACUCUAGCUGUAUAAAAUUUUAUUUGAAUCCACCUCACGCACACACACGGACUCACACACUUUCUGUUCUUAAUUGUUGGCAGGGUGAGGACUCUGAUGAGGAAAAGGAGGAGCGGCGCCGCUACCGCCGGCAAGAGUCUGGCGAUGACUGA